AUAAAAUUAGAUAAUAUCUGGUGAUAGAUUUAGAACUUGAUUAAUUGUAUCACCAGAUUAAGUUUGCAGUUAAUUGAUGUAAUGUUUACAAUAAAUAAAAAUCCUAAAUCAUCAAUACGAAACAGUUUAAUUGCCAACGGAAUCUCAUCUCAAUCUGUAUCUGUGUUAAUAAUAACUCACUAUGAAUCUAUUUUUAGUUAAUUUUGACAAUUAAUGUUGUAAUUGAUUCUCAAUUAACCUCAAACUGUUUCUAAGGUAACAUGAUUUACUAAGUGUCUUCUCAAUAGUUAAUUAACAUUAGUUAUUCAAUUAGGUUAUUAGAACCGUUUAAACAAUGGUCAGAACUGUUGGAGGUCCUGGUGUUUCCCGACUCAUAUCACCUUUUAACGAUGUUUUCAAUUUGAUCACGGAAGGAAACGAAAAGGCCUUGAAACAAGCUUUUUACAAUACGAUUGCGAUUCUAUUCAUUUUGUUUGUGCUCUCAUCGGUCGCCGCUGUUUACCUUGUCCUUCAGCCUUUUCUAUCGCCAUUGUUAUGGGCGACACUUAUCGGGUCCGUUCUCCAUCCAUUUAAACGUAAAUUAACUCGAUUCUCCCGUUGGUGGUUAACAGAUGACACCAAACGACCGAUUAGUAUUUCCGUGGUUAAAAUGCCUUUAACGUUGGUUAAUUUUGUCGUCAAUACGGUUGCCAAGAUUGUCCAACAUUAUUACAAAUUAUUGGUCUUUAUUUUUGUUGUUCUUCUAAUUGUCCAUCUAAGUUUAUUUUACUUCUCCUUCACUCAUUCAUUAUUCUCACUAUCAACAUGGGCGAUUAACAGCUUGAUCCGAUUGGCAACCAAUUUGGUUGAUUCCUGUAAUGCUUUUAUCCUGAGUACUCUGAUUUUAUGUCAACUCUUGAUGAAUCUAUUUUCUACUAACAAUUUGGUCCAAAAAGCUUCAAAUACUAUAUUUCCUUUCACCUUUUUCCUGAUAAUUUUCAAAAUUCUCAGUCUAUUGGGUACAUUUGGUGUUUUGGUUUUCAUAACAUUCACUUUGAUCACAUUAACUGGAAUUGGUGCUAGUCUGUUUUUCCAAUCAAAAAAUGGCCUUGAUGAAGAUGUUCCCGAUUCUGUUUACAAAAGAUUUCCAGUCCCAUUGAUGCGUUCAAUACUUUUCAUUUGGAAUUGUAUUCAAUGUCUUCUUCCAACUCCUCAUGUAGAAUCAACAAGUUCACAGUCAUCACCACAAGAAUCAAUUGAAGACGAUGACAACUCAUCUGUAGACAAUGAAAGUCAAUCUAAUUCAGAAGAUAUUCACUCAAAAGUUCCAACACCAAAUCCAUUGAUCCCAAGUGAUUUGAUUGGUAAAACUGAAUCAGAUCAAACUGAAUCAACUGAACCAGAAUCAUUGUCAACAACUGAUGCCAGUAGUUUAAAAGCAAUACCACCAGUAAAUUUGCAUCGAGUAUUAAAUGAGGAUCGGGACAAAUCAAUUUCUAAUUUCAAGCUUAGUAAUUCGUAUUUAUAUUCAGUCUUUUGGAGUUGCCUUCUUGCUCAAAUUUGGUUAAGACCAGAAUUACUUUACUUGACUCCUGUUCCAAUAUUUUUGUUCACCAUUUCAUGGGUUUGGAGGAAAAUCAAUGGAAAUGAAAUCAUCGCAAAUUGGAUCUCAUCAAUUAGUAACUUUCUCGAAGGCCAAUUUUCAUUCCUACAUAAUUCAAUUCUCACUGGAUUUCAUCACUAUUACAUGUUAGGAGAUUCAACUCUCGCUGGUUUUUUAUUGGACUCAAUUGAUACGAUUUGUAGCCUUUUGACAAUAUUCGUUAUGAUAUUUGGUGUCCUCUUUGCUGUCGCUUUUCUUGCUGUCCAGAUCUACCAUGAAAGUGCUUGCCUAGUUGAGUUAAUGGGAAAUGUUGUUAACUCAACACUAGCAAACAAUUCACAAUUGGCUUCAGGUUUUCCUUCCAGUGAUCUAAUUAGUCAAAAUGUUUUCGAUGAGAUGAUUAACAAUGCUUACAUUUAUGGUCGUCAAUGGCUUCAAAAGUCAAUCCGUAAUACUUUGGAAACGGGAAGUGAAAAUUCAAAUACAACUAUUCUAGUUGAGAAACAAUUACUCGAGGUUUGGGAUCGAGUUUACCAUCAAUGGUUAAUUAGAAACACUAAUUCAAGUCUAACUGGAUUAGGAAAUAGAUCCUUUGAAACUUACAGUUGGAAUCGUUUAUUUGCCGCUUUGAAAACUUUAGAUUUAGUUCUUUGUGCUAAUCUACUCAAGGAAAAUUUAGAUACAGUUCUUUCCAUAUUUGAUUCUGUUUGGGUUUUAUUGAAAUCAAAUUUCACCCUUUUCUUUACCGUUAUUACCGCAGUACUCUCGAUGAUUCUUAGUGGAAGUACAGCAAUUCUUAAUUGUUGUCUUAAUUUUAUCGUUUUUGCCACAUCACUUUUUUAUUUACUCUGUUCCAGUGGCGAUGAAUACAAACCUGUUGAAUUGGUUGGAAGAUUUUUACCCAACAUUGAUCGUGGUGGAAAUUAUUUAAAUAAAUUUGGUUUAGCAGUCGAAGAAUCAGUUAAUAGUGUUUUCGCCGCUUCCUUUAAAAUGACCGUAUUUUAUGGCCUUUAUACUUGGUUAAUUCAUACUCUCUUCGAAGUUCGUAUUAUAUACAUACCUUCAGUUUUAGCCGCUCUUUUCGGUGCUGUACCAUUUAUUGGUGCUUAUUGGGCUUCGAUACCCGCUGUUCUCGAGCUCUAUUUAAUUCACGAUCUUGGAGGUCGUUCACUGUUAAUGUCAUUCUUUGCUAUUCUACCUUCUUACUUUGUUGACUCUGCGAUUUACAGUGAUAUUAAAGGCGGGGGACAUCCUUACCUUACCGGGUUGGCGAUUGCUGGUGGGGUAUUUUAUCUUGGAUUUUCGGGCGCUUUUUUUGGACCAAUGAUACUUUGCUGUCUCUUCGUAGCGGCUAAACUUUACACUUCGAUAAUGGCUGAAAGUUCAAUCAAAAACUCAAUCAAUCAAACUCGACUAAGGCCACCACUUAAACGGGGAAAUACAACCGUCAAUUUGUAAAAUGCUGAUUGUUUACCAAGAAAAUUAUAGUCACCAAAGAAACUAAUUAACUGGGAGUGUAAAUAUUUGUUCAUUGUUCAUCACCAUCGUCCAUUUAAUAUGCGAUCAAUUGAUUUUCAUUCAAUUGUAAACGUGCAAUCAAUUUAUCUAUUGUGAUUGAUGAGACUCUAAAGAUUAAUUAUUCGCAAAUAACUAAAUUUAAUUGUCUAAUUUAAAUAAUAAAAUCUUCAUUGAUUGUAUAUUAA